CGGAAUCCCUCUAAUUUUAGUGGGUAUUUGUCGGACCCGAACACCGCUUCUCAAGAUGCGCUCCGACCGCGACCAGUCGUGCUCCUUCGUGAUUUGAUUCCAAGGUUUUCCUCUCCUGUCCUGUGUCACAUUUGACGGCUCGUGCCUCCAAAAUUCUCCACCGGUGAGUCAAUCCUUUUCAGGUCUUCUACAUCUCCAUCCCAAUACUCCCUUCUCGUUUCUCCUUCCCUGCAUCCCGAUGCCAUUCCUCGAAUCCCUGUGUCCAAAUCGCAGCGUCUUUCUGUGUCUUCUAUGGUCGAUUCUGCGGAUGUUGGCGUCUCCAUGAAUUCUUGCCGCCAAUUUCCGUGCUCGUCAAGUUUAUUGGUUCUUGCUCUGUUAGACUGUUUGAUGAAAGUUUCUUGGGCCAAUAGCAUCUUUUUGUUGGUCAGUUCCUUGAUGUUGCCUCCACCGAUUAGGGCCGAACUAUGCCGGCUCUGAUCCAACAAGCAUAAUUUUCCAAUGCAUUUUCCAAGUGUGAUGCCCAGAUGGUAGUUUGACCAUGCUCGCAAUCCGUUCGACGAAAUGCCCAGUGGCAUUUGUGGGCGCCGCCGGCGCCCUGGUGGUGCUUGUCACCGCUGUCCAUGUGUUCAUGGUGCCAAUCCUCCCUUCCUCCUUGGAUUACUUCGGUGCUCGCAGCAGUAUAAGCCGCCCAAGAAAUGCUCUCCCGGGCGUUGGGGUGGUGGAUUCGCGUCUCAGGGGGCAGUUCCCUUCUGAUUCGCAUGGUGCUGUGGUGUUCCGUGGCGCACCAUGGAAGGCUGAGGUUGGGAGAUGGCUUGCUGGGUGCCAUGCUAACUCCUCGUCUGUCAAUGUCACUGAGGCAAUAGGUGCAAAGCGAUGUGAGAAAGACUGCAGUGGCCGUGGUGUGUGCAACUAUAAUCUGGGAGAGUGCAGAUGCUUUCAUGGAUAUUCUGGGAAAGGAUGUGAGGAGGUUCUGAAAUUGGAAUGCAACCUCCCGAGUUCCCCAGAAUGGCCUGCAGGACGAUGGAUAGUUUCCAUAUGUGCAGCUCACUGUGACACAACCAGGGCAAUGUGCUUCUGUGGUCCAGGAACAAAAUACCCAGAUCGCCCUGUGGCAGAAGCUUGUGGUUUUAAAACAAUUUUUCCUGCAAAACCUGAUGAUCCAAAGCUUACCGAUUGGAAAACACCCGACCUGGAAAACGUAUUCACGACAAACAGAAGUAAGUUAGGCUGGUGUAAUGUGGUCCCUGAGGAUGCAUAUUCGUCCAAAGUGAAGUAUAAAGAAGAAUGUGAUUGCAAAUAUGAUGGACUCUGGGGGCAGUUCUGUGAGACACGUGUUGAAUGCAGCUGCAUCAACCAAUGCUCUGGACAUGGACAUUGCCGUGGUGGUUUCUGUCAGUGUGACAGUGGUUAUUUUGGGAUUGAUUGCAGUAUCCCAUCAGCGCAUUCACUUGCACAUGACUUGCCCUCAUGGCUCCACCCACCAGUGAAUUUACCAGACUUGAAAAUUGUAAACAGUACCUCCAUCAAUGUUAAGGCCAUUGUUCAGAAAAAAAGGCCACUAAUAUAUGUAUAUGAUUUGCCAGCUGAGUUUGACAAUCAUCUUCUUGAAGGACGACAUUUCAAGUUUCAGUGUGUGAACAGAAUUUACGAUGGCAGAAACAGAACAUUGUGGACCCAGCAAUUGUAUGGUGCCCAGAUGGCACUCUAUGAGAGCAUUCUUGCUAGCCCUCACCGCACUCUUAAUGGGGACGAAGCUGAUUAUUUCUAUGUGCCAGUGCUUGACUCAUGUCUAAUAACUAGAUCUGAUGAUGCUCCACAUCUGCUAAUGCCGAGGGACCUGCGCCUCAGGAGUUACCAUGCUCUGGAGUACUAUAGAAUGGCGUAUGAUCACAUAGCUCAGCAGUAUCCUUACUGGAACCGCACUUCGGGAAGAGACCACAUAUGGUUCUUUUCAUGGGAUGAAGGUGCCUGCUAUGCUCCAAGAGAAAUCUGGAACAGCAUGAUGCUUGUCCACUGGGGAAACACUAACACGAAACAUAAGAAUUCAACAAGUGCUUAUUGGGCAGACAACUGGGAUCAUAUUCCUUUAGAUAGAAGAGGCAACCAUCCAUGUUUUGAUCCAAGAAAGGAUCUAGUGCUUCCGGCAUGGAAGGAACCUGACCCAGGGGCGAUAUGGUUAAAACUAUGGGCAAGGCCAAGGAUUAACCGUACAACACUUUUCUAUUUCAACGGUAAUCUAGGUCCAGCAUAUGAAGGAGGCCGCCCAGAAGACACGUAUAGCAUGGGGAUUCGGCAGAAGCUAGCAGCUGAAUUUGGUUCCACACCAAACAAGCAGGGAAAUCUUGGAAGGCAGUAUGCCACUGAUGUGACAGUGACCUAUUUACGAACUGAGAAAUAUUAUGAGGAACUAGCAAGCUCUGUUUUCUGUGGUGUCCUGCCAGGGGAUGGCUGGAGUGGGCGUAUGGAAGACAGCAUGCUUCAAGGAUGUAUUCCUGUCAUAAUUCAGGAUGGAAUUUUUCUGCCGUAUGAAAAUGUGCUUAACUACAACAGUUUUGCGGUCCGUCUACAAGAAGAUGACAUCCCAAACCUCAUAAGUACACUUCGAGGAAUAAAUGAAACGCAAGUAGAGUUUAUGCUUGGGAAUGUGCGCCAGAUGUGGCAGAGGUUUUUCUAUAGAGACUCUAUAUUGCUGGAGGCACAGAGACAGAAAAGGCUGUUCUCUGAAGAGGCACCCUGGUCUGUUGAGGUAUCAAAACUACCUGAUGAUGAUGAUGUCUUUGCGACAUUUAUGCAGGUAUUGCAUUAUAAACUGUACAAUGACCCUUGGCGGCAAGGUCUCCUGCAAACAAAGGAAACUGGGUUGCCUACCAUCUGCUCGAGAGCUUCCUGAAAGUUUUAGUGAGGCAGCAUUGCAACUGCAAAAAAAAAAAAAGAUAGACAUACUCAUUAGGAAGGGGUCUGUAGAUUUGGUUCUUACAUUCUGUAUAUCUUUCCUUUGUCUUCUAAAUAUUGGUUUUUUUACUGAUGGCCCGAGUUAAAUCAUUUCCUGAAAAGGGGAAGUUCUUCGCAAUGCCAAGCCACGUUGGCUCUCACUGAGAAAAAAAAAAGAAUUUUGUUGCUC